AUUGUCUGGAAAUAGGAGGUACCCUGCUCUCCCAAGAGGACAGCCUGGAACUAGACUUCAGAAAGCAGGAACGUGAACAUGUACUUUCUGAAAUCAGUGGCAAUUCCUAGAGUGGCUACAGUAGUAUGAGGAGUAUCUGUCUAAAUGGGUCCAGUCAUGCCUCCCAGUAAGAAGCCGGAGGGCUCAGGAAUUAGUGUUCCCAGCGGACUGAGCCAGCGUUACCAAGAUAGCGAUCUAUCAAAGGCACUUCACGAUGAUGAGGACCUAGAUUUCUCUUUGCCUGCCAUCAGAUUAGAUAAAGGGGCCAUGGAAGAUGAAGAACUAACUAAUUUGAACUGGUUACACGAAAGCAAGAACUUGCUGAAAAGCUUUGGGGACUCGGUCUUAAGAAGUGUUAGCCCAGUUCAGGACAUCGGUGAUGACACGCCUCCAUCUCCUGCUCACUCUGACAUGCCCUACGAUGCCAAGCAGAACCCCAACUGCAAACCUCCUUAUUCCUUUAGCUGCCUCAUAUUUAUGGCCAUUGAGGACUCGCCAACCAAAAGACUGCCUGUAAAGGAUAUAUACAACUGGAUCUUGGAACACUUUCCAUAUUUUGCAAAUGCACCCACUGGAUGGAAAAAUUCUGUGAGACAUAAUCUAUCCUUGAAUAAGUGUUUUAAGAAAGUGGACAAAGACAGAAGUCAGAGUAUUGGAAAGGGGUCCUUGUGGUGUAUAGACCCAGAAUAUAGACAAAAUCUUAUUCAGGCUUUGAAAAAGACACCCUAUCACCCAUAUUCGCAUGUGUUCAAUACACCUCCCACAUCUCCUCAGGCAUAUCAAAGCACAUCAGGUCCACCCAUUUGGCCAGGAAGCACCUUUUUCAAGAGAAAUGGAGCCCUUCUACAAGAUCCUGACAUUGAUGCUGCCACUGCCAUGAUGCUUUUGAAUACUCCCCCUGAGAUACAAGCAGGUUUUCCUCCAGGAGUGAUACAAAAUGGAGCUCGAGUUCUGAGUAGAGGAAUAUUCCCUGGAGCCAGGCCAUUGCCAAUCAACCCUAUAGGAAGCAUGGCUGUCGCAGUAAGAACUGGUUGGAAAUCUUUCAAAAUGAAUGGAAUAACAAACUGCCGGAUGCGGACAGAAAGCGAACAGUCGUGUGGCUCUCCAGUUGUUAGCGGUGACCCAAAGGAGGAUCACAACUACAGCAGUGCCAAAUCUUCCAACCACAGGAGCACAUCGCCUGCUAGUGACUCCAUUUCCUCUUCCUCUGCUGAUGACCAGUAUGAAUUUGCAACUAAAGGUAGCCAAGACAGCAGUGAAGGAAGUGAAGUUAGCUUCCAGAGCCACGAGAGCCAUAGUGAAACAGAAGAGGAGGACAAAAAGCAAAAUCGGAAGGAGACCAAGGAUUCUUUAGCUGACAGUGGGUAUGCAUCCCAGCACAAGAAAAGGCAACAUUUAAUGAAGGCGAAAAAAGUACCAAGUGACACACUGCCUCUUAAAAAGAGACGUACAGAAAAGCCCCCUGAGAGUGAUGAUGAGGAGAUGAAAGAAGCAGCAGGAUCUCUCCUGCAUUUAGCGGGAAUUCGGUCCUGUUUGAACAACAUCACCAAUCGGACGGCAAAGGGGCAGAAAGAGCAAAAGGAAACCACAAAAAAUUAGAACAAAUCAAUGAUUUGUUUGAACUUACAAAGUUUUGUUUCAGCACGUCAGGUGAAUUCUAAUGAUUUGUGGCAAUAUCAGCAAUUUUUUCUUUUUCUUUUUGUUUUUCUUUUCUAUUUGUUUUUAUUUCUUUUUUUUUUUUUUGGACCCUUGAGAUUUUUAUUUUUAAAGGAGAUUGAAGCCAUAGAACUCAUACUGACACUCAGCUAAUUUACAAAAGCUUUUCAUUACCUGAAGACAAAACGUUAACAAAAAAAAAAAAAAAAA